UUCAAUAAAUCAUCUUGUUACAGGUGAAAGGUGUGAAGCAAAGAUGUUGUCAGGUGGUCACGGAGAGGUCAACCCCAACUCGUCAUGGCACAGCAGCCGUGGAGCAUGGCUCUCCUACCUCGCUGGAGUGCUAGCUCUGCAUCUCUUCCUCCUUUCCAUACCCAUUCUGUCGAUACCUACGGCAUGGACUCUUACCAAUGUCAUACACAACCUGGCCAAUUACCUGUUCCUGCAUCAGAUAAAGGGCACCCCUUGGCAGCUGUUGGACCAGGGGAAGGCCCGGCUCAUGACUGCUUGGGAACAGAUUGACUAUGGGCAACAGUUUACCACUACCCGCAAAUUCAUCACCAUCAUUCCUAUUGUCUUGUUUCUUCUGACAAGUUUCUACACAAAGUAUGAAUUUAACCACUUUGCAAUCAACUUUGCCACACUGCUUCUCGUACUCAUCCCCAAGUUGCCGCAGUUCCACAUGGUGCGUCUCUUUGGUAUUAAUAAAUACUAAAGAUAUGCUUGCCAUAUCAAUAUUAUGGAACCUGCAUCCGGCUACUUCAGCCUCUGCUCUCACACUUCCUUAAGCUGUCGGUAUUGACAUAACCGUCUUGCUAAGGAGCUAAUUUCACCACCUGAGCACCAGUGCCACUAUGACUCGAGCCAACUCUCAGAAAUGUCACUGGUACUCGCAUCCUGAAGGAUAGAUGGUACCAGUAUUGGGGCUGUGGUUUAUUCAUGAUGAUUUGCAAGCAGCUGGAUAUUACUUGUUGGACAUAAUAGUGGCAUUGGCCAUUCCUAAAAAGAUUCCAGAUUUUGUAUCUGUAUUAUAUUGCCAACGUCAGUAGUUAGUCACUUGUUAUAUAUAGAUUUCACUCCUGCUGUUGUUGUAGUCUUGAGCAGGUCAUUAAGAAUUUUGUUGAUCAACAAAGAAGUAUGAUUUCAUGUUACAUUUUUUUAUUAUUACUAUUCUGAUCAAUCUCCUUUAAGAAAAGCAAACUGUUCUUGAUAAAACCUUGUCUAGAUAUUUGCUUUCUAUUUUUGAACUCUGAAAAUGCUUGAGGAGAAGUUAAUGUUUGGAUUGAAAUAAACAUCGAUUGUAUGUUUUUGAAAGCUAAAUAACCCAUUUCAGUUAUACCCUGGAACCAGAUAUCAAAUUAUUUGCAGUUAGAAAUGGUUAUAUUUAUUGCCAAAAAAACACUAUUAGCAGUAGUAGAUGCAUUUCAAUGGACAGUGGACACCUUCUAUUAAUGUCCCAUUUCAAAGA